GUACAUCAGCUACUAUGAAAGUACUAGGAUUAGCUACAUAUGGAAUCAUCGUAUUCUUUCAUCUAUCCAUCGCGCAGACUAAGAAGAGAGGCAUACGAUGCGGUGAAACAAAGAUGGUCAGCGUUCCUGGCUCCGAUGAAAUAAUAGACAUUUGGCCAUGGCACGUUGCGCUCUACAACAAAACGGCUGAUUAUAUAGCAGGAGGAUCGAUCAUCAACGAGUGGUUCAUCCUGACGGCAGCUCAUGCUACGUUUCGUGAUGAAAAGAUUCCCGUGCAACCGUCCGAAUUGUUUGUUGUGGCAGGAAUCAGAGAUCUUUCAAUUCCAGAUGCUGCCCAAUAUUUUACCGUCGAAGAUAUCAUUCGGUAUGAACAUUACAACCUGCGAACGCGAACAAACGAUGUAGCGUUACUCAAGUUGGAAACUGCGAUCGAGUAUAGUUUCCACGUCUCUCCAAUUUGCUUGUGGCCCGAAGGAGGACCUAGCUUGGAAACGCUAGCCCGCCAGCAGGAUCAGGGCAUUGUCGUCGGUUGGGGUCUCUCGGUAAACGGGACGUUUUCCAAUGUCUUGCGAGAAACUAGUUUGUCGCUGAUUAGCUUCGAAAGCUGUGCUGAGCACACCAAGUCGUUUCAGCCUCUGUUGGCGAAGGGUAAAAACUUCUGUGCUGGCAAUCGGGGAGGAGCAAGCGUUUGCAAGGGAGAUAGUGGUGGUGGAAUGUUCUUCUAUUUCAAAAACACGUGGUUCAUCAGAGGAAUCGUCAAUCAGGGAACUCCUACGCAGGACACCCGUUAUUUAUGCGACCCGAAAAAGGAUGUACUGUUUAUGGAUGUGACUUAUUAUCAGAAGUGGAUCGAAAGGCACGCUGCUCCGAAGCGGCAUAAUCUUUUAGGACUGAAAGAAUGCGGAAUGGGUCACUUCGAGGAAACCAACGUGAGGCACAUCAAGUUUGUUCAUUCCGAGCAACAUCCUUGGGUUGCUCAUUUGUACUACUCAUACUGGAAUCGGUUCAACGUUAGCGAUUGCCAUGGCGUGUUGAUUCAUCCGGAGUUUGUGCUCGCACCGGCAAGAUGUGUUAAUCAUAAACAUGAUCGGAAGCUGUUACAUGUGGUUCUAGGUGAAGAAUUGAUUGGCCCAGAUCCGUUCAGCAAGGACUACAACUUUCAAACAAUCAAAGUUUCCGAAGUCUUCAUAAAUGGACGAUUCGAUAGUGGAAAAAAUGGCUACGAUGUCAGCUUAUUGCACUUGGCACAAAGCGUUACCUUAGGAAAUAAUACAAGACCAGUUUGCUUGCCAUCAAAGUACGAACUCAAUCCAUACUUUAAUUUGGCCGCCUGGUAUCGCCGUGAUGAUCAUCCCAAGCAACUGAAGUCGUCUCUCAUGAGGUCAAUUCGGUUCAACUACUGCAGUGCAAUGUACAAAAAGCAGAACAUCAACAUCACUGAGGAGGAUCAUCUCAAUUGCUUCCAACGAUGCGAGAUGUCCAGUAUAGUCCAAUCAGAUGGCACGUACAGCUGCGAGUACAGUGAAGAAAAAGGGUGCAAAAUUCCCAUUUCCGGUGCCCCCCUAUUCUACACGAAACACGACGGAAUAAACACGUACACCUAUCUAUUUGGCAUGCGAUCGUUCGGAUCGGCGGAUUGUGUCGACAAAAUGAGUGAGGUGUACAGCGAUGUGGUCAGUGUGGGACCAUGGAUAAGGGAUCUUGUUACAAAGCACACACGCUCCAGUGAUGAUGAACGUGAUUCGACUGGUGGCAUGAAACGAACGUUUACGAAUAAGAAACCCAGUUCUUCCUGUCUCUUUCAAGUAGAAUAAUUUUGCCCAACAGUAAUUUAUGUUUGACAAUGAAGAUUUACUUUACUUUGUUUAACCAUGGCUUUGUUUAGGGUCCUACUGUAUUUGUUAUUAAAUUAAUUAAUAA